GCAGAGGCAGGCCAGCCUCUCCACACACACACACAUACACACACACACUAAUGCCACCCGUCCAGUAACAGCCUGUCGUACGGACUGCCUGAAACUACAGAGGGAACAGGGAUGCAGUCCUCUGCGCUGCUGCUGCUGCUGCUGCUAUGGGCACUGGGAACACCAACGGUUUGGGCAGAGGAACCAAAGACCACAGAGGAACCCAUUCCCUGCUCCAAGCGCUGCACCUGUCUUCUAGACGACUACACCUCAGAGCUCAGCGUCUACUGCAGUUCUCGAAACCUCACCCAAGCUCCUCCCGACCUUCCUGCAUCCACAAGAUCUUUAUGGCUGGACGGCAACCUCUUCGCCACCUUGCCUGCAGACUCCUUCAAAAACCUGACCAACCUGGACUUCUUGAAUCUGCAAAGCGGCCAGCUGACCAGCCUCGACUCCCAGGUCUUCAAAAGACUGCACAACCUUGCGCACCUCCACCUUGAGCGAAACAGCCUCCGAAUAUUGCCUGCCGCCAUCUUCCAAAACACCCCCAACCUUGCGACGCUCAAUCUCCACAACAACCAACUUUCACGCAUCGAAGAGCGUCUGUUUGCGGGACUCUCUCAUAUGUGGUUGCUGAAUCUGGGAUGGAAUUCCCUCUCCGUUCUUCCAGAGACUGGAUUUCACGAGUUGCACGGCUUAAGAGAGUUGGUACUCUCCGGCAAUCGCUUGGCUUACCUUCAGCCACAGCUGUUCCAAGGUCUUACCGAGCUGAAAGAGCUGGAUCUAAGUGGAAACCAGCUGAGAGUGAUCAAAGCCAACGUCUUCCUGAAGCUUCCCAAGCUGCAGAAGCUUUACCUGGCCCAGAAUCAGAUUACGACAGUCGCGCCCAGAGCGUUCGUUGGGAUGAAGUCUUUGAGGUGGCUUGAUCUGAGCAGAAAUCGACUCACCAUCCUCCACGAUGAGACGUUCCUCGGUUUGCACAGCCUACACGUCCUCCGACUGUCAAACAACUCCAUCAACAGCCUUCGCCCGGGAACCUUCCGCGAUCUGCAGUACCUUGAAGAGCUUGACAUGUGCCAUAAUCAGAUUCGAGCCUUAGGAGAAAGGGUUUUCGAAGGAUUGGGCCAUUUGGAGGUGUUGAGCUUGGAAUACAACAAGCUGCAAGACGCAAGAAGUGGCACCUUCAUGGGUCUUAGUCACCUGGCGGUGAUCAAGCUCACAGGUAGCUGCUUCCGUUCCUUGCCAGAUCAGGUUUUCAAAGGCUUGUCAAAGCUGCACAGCAUGCAUCUCGACAAAGGCUGCUUGACCAAAGUCUCAACCCAAGGUUUUAUCGGUUUGGCGAGCCUACGCCGACUUUUCCUUCAACACAACAACAUCUCUGCGGUGGACCGCCAGAGUUUCGUUGAGCUCCAAGGGCUGCAACAGCUUGACAUGAGGUUCAACAAUCUGGCAUCCCUCACUUCCCACACUUUCUACGGACUAAAAGCUCUCGAAUACCUUCUUCUGUCCAAAAACCUAAUCCGUCACUUUCCUUCAGAGGUUCUUCUACCGCUUCAGCAGCUGUCUUGGCUUGACCUCUCUGGAAAUAAGCUGGAGGUCCUUAUUAACGCAACGCUGUACAUGCUGCCACGCCUCCGCUACCUUAACCUGAAGGACAACUUCCUAACCACCCUUCCGUCUUCCGUUCCCAAUGGCUUAGACCAACUUUGGCUCUCUGGGAACAGCUGGAAAUGUGACUGUAGCGCUAAACCCUUCAGGGAUUUCAGCUUGCUGAAGCCUCACGUGGUUCCACGGCAGGUGGAGACCCUGGCUGAGGGCGAGGAACCUCACACACUUAUCACUAUCUAUAACAACAUCACGUGCACCAGCCCUUCCAGCCUGGCUGGAGUGGAUCUGCGGGACGUCAACAGCGAACACUGGAAGGACUGCUAAGUCUGGAAGCUUCUGGUAUUUUCUGGUAGCCUUCAAAGUUACACUGCAAAAAAAAAAAAAAAAAAAAAAAAAAACGAUAUCUAAGCAAGGCCUGUUGCAAUAAUUACAUUAUCUACAUUAUUAUACUCUUGAUUAUACUAUGUAUGGACAUGACCUUACAUGAUAAUUUUUGCGGAACUCAAUACAUGAACAUUUUGUUUAAUUCUGUGUAACUCUACUCUACUGUUCUAUUCUCUCUCUCUGAGCAAAUUAUGUCAUUUAUCACAAUUCCUGACAUAUUGUCCAAACAAUAUUUUAUGGUUACAGGCCUAAUUUAGCAAGUGAAGUGAUCUCAAAUAAGAUUAUUUGGUACCACUUUAAAAUAAGCAUACCUUUAUAAAGGGUUUAUAAAUGGUUUACAGUUAGUUUAUUAAUGGUUACUAAUUUGGUUGUAAAUGCCUUAAAAAUCAUAAAUAAUGAUCUGUUGUUUGCCAAAUAGUGAACCUACAGCCAUCUAUAUUGUUAAACUUCAGAUCUUGUCAGAUACUCAACUUACUUUGUUUUCUCCAUCUAACUCAACUUGCUUCUUCAUCAGUCAACAUCAGUUUAACCAUUUAACUUCCAAGUUUAAUCAUUCCAAAACUAACUCUUUUAGUCAUUUAUAAACAACAGGUCAUUGUUGACCUUUCUACGUAUGUGUUAUAACUGAUUAUUAAUGAUUUUUAAGACAUGAUUAGUAAUCAUUAAUAAGCUAAUUAUAAACCAUUUAUAAACUCUUUAUAAAGGUUGUCUUAUUUUAAAGUGGUACCGAUUAUUUUAAUGUUAUUUAAGUUACAUCUAGACAUCUUGACUUAACCAAACACAAAAUGCUUAAAACCUCACACCAAAAUUUAAUAAGCAUUUAAAAUCUAAACAAAUACAGCACAGCACAUCAAUCAGUGUAGUCUAUCAAACUGACGGAUUGGCUCAAAUUGCCUGUUUUUAUUAAUUUACAAUUUGGAAUUAAUGCUAUGGAAAAAGUCUCAUUCAAUGGGUUCAAUAUUCAAUAUUAUGUAUGUUAAUAGAUAUGUACGUUUACAUUACACAUUAUACACUAUUCCAGUUAGUCUGACUGGAAGUAGUGAUAUUAUUAGAGGCUUUAAAGCGUAAAAUACAUUAUAUUUAGACCAAAGUUGAGGCCUCAUUAAAACAUCAGAGGCAUAUAGGGAUAAUUUAUUUGUUAAGUUUAAAUAUAAAUGUAUAACUUCUCUACUUUUGGAUUAUUAUAAAUGAGUAAAUAUGAGUUAAUUUGACCCGAAAACAUUAUGGGUUAAAGAAUGUUAAACGUCACCUGUAACUAGACCAAAUAAUAUAAACAUAGCACAAAAGUUUGAGGUAAUGUGUUUUAGCUUUGUGUAGAUUUGCUUCCCAGCUGAUUAGUGCCCAUUCCGCAAGUAACUACGGUGUCAGAACAGCAGAGUUACUUGCGAUCUUCAAAAGCAGACUGAAGACUCGUAAUUUCAAAGAUUAGUUCCUAUAUAUAUAUAUAUAUAUAUAUAUAUAUAUAUAUAUAUAUAUAUAUAUAUAGUUCCAAUUGGCUGAGAGGCGUUCUAUGAGUGCCAUUAUCAGCCGGUAAUGCACUGUAGCCGAAGCUCUCCAUGUAUUACUCCGCCACAUAAAGGUAACCUAGCAACGAUGCAGCGCUUACAAGCCAAACAGUGCAGCUACAAACAGAGCAGCAAUGGAACGUGGAGCUUUAAUAACCAAACAGAUCGUAUUUUCUCAAAACUGUGGUAUGAUCGCAAUAAUACAUUAUUAUUGUUUAAGUAAAUAACAAAGCUCUUUUUUUAAAGAGCGGACGCCCUCCGAAUAAGGGCGUCUGCUAAAUACCCCUAAAUGUAAAUGUAAAUGUAACUAAAAUCUAAUAUCUAUAUCUAGUUCCAGCUUUCUAUCUUGGAAAUAUUUGUUUUCACUGCAAGUUAUGUAUAUUUAAGAUCAUUUCACUUGCUAAAACAUAGAUAUUGUUUUUUUCUGUGUUUUAUUUUUAUGAUCAAUUGUGAAUAUUCUAAUUUUCUCUCUUUACAACUGUACUGUCUUCCCACACAUUGCAGAUUUGUUGUCAUCAAACUAAUUUUGGUGCUUCAGAAUUAUUUUCUUAAUAUUAUUUUUAUUAUUAUUAUUUUGUGUUAUUAUGCAAACCUAUCCUGGUCAGACCCUUAUAACUCUUGAAAUCAAAAGUCUUGGGACUAAAAGUCAUGAUUUACAUGAUUAACAGUGUGUUGAUGUGUAUCUCAGCGCAGUCUGUGUGCUUUAAAUAAAGAGAUGCGUGUGGGAGAGUGAAGAGUGA